AUGACGAUUCAAUUGGUCAAUCGUCAACCCAGUACAUUUAUCUGUCUUGAAAAAGACUUGGCUCAAAACAUCCAAUCAUGGCUACCUUCAAGAAUAUCUGUUUCAUCUACAUGGUCACUUGUCUAUAGUUUGGAUCAACAUGGUGCAAGUCUGAAUACUUUGUACUAUCAAUGUCGAAUGAUUCAUGGCCCAUGUUUAUUGGUCAUUCAAGACAAUCAUGAUGAGGUAUUUGGUGCUUACUUGUCUGAAGGUAUUCGCUCUCAAUCUUGCUGCUAUGGCACAGGUGAAUGUUUCUUAUGGAAGAAGGAUAAAAAGACAAACCUAGUCCAGACUUAUCCAUGGACAACAGCGAAUGAUUACAUGAUUUAUUCAGAUCAUGAUUUUUUUGCCAUGGGUGGGGGACAAGGUCGCUUUGGAUUAUGGCUGCAUUCAGACUUGACGCACGGCAACAGCCAAUCUUGUGCUACUUUCAAUAACCCUAUAUUAUCUGCAGCUGGAUCAUUUGAAUGCAUUGCUAUUGAAAUCUGGGAUUUUGUAUUUUAA